CAAGCAGAGUGGAACAAGAUGAGGACCUUUUACCUGAUUCUGUUGGUUGCAGUAACAGCCCUGGAGUCUGGCAAACACAUCAGCAGCGCUAAGCAGGAGAAUUUGGUGCGUUCCAAAAGAAGGUGGGUUUUGUCUACAUUCGAAAUAGAAGAAAAUGAUCCUGGACCAUUCCCCAAGUUAAUUUCAACGAUGUUUAAUGACAAGGAUCAUGAUGCGGGUCAAACGUACUCUAUAAGUGGAAAGGGUGUGACUUUGGAACCUCUGGGAGUGUUCAAAAUCAAUAAAAGUUCCGGAGCCGUCUAUGCCCUUAAAGCCGUCGACAGAGAGGAAUACGACUUAUACCCUAUCAAAUUUGAUGUCUUCAGCAUAAAGACGGGAAAAAAGAUAGACGAUGAACUAUCUUUUAAUAUAGAAGUAAUGGACCUCAAUGACAACAAACCAACAUUUUCCCACCCUCACUUAAGUGCCUCAGUGAGAGAAAAUUUGGUCGAAGGGACCUUGCCAUUGACAUUGCUGGCCACGGACAAAGAUCAAAGGGGCAAACCUCAAUCUAAAAUCACCAUCAGUAUGCUUUCACAGAAUCCAAAGGAGCCCAAGAUUGAAUUGAAGCAGACGGGCACAAUGAUGGCCGAACUCACCUUUAAAGGAUGUUUCGACUACGAAAAAGCAAAGAAGUAUGAAAUAAUUGUUGAAGCAAAAGAUCACGGAGAACCGCGCCUUUCCUCCACUUCCGUUGUUACUCUCGACAUUCUUUCCUCAAACACUCAUCUACCGACGUUCAGGGAGAAGGAGUACCAUGGUGAGGUGAUGGAGUCGAUGACCAAGGAGAAUGUUUUGAGAAUUACUGUAGACGACAAAGACACUCCUAAAACUCCUGACUGGAAUGCCAAAUUCUUCUUCAUUAAAGGGAAUGAGCAAAACUAUUACAAAAUCGAAACUGAUCCCAACACUAAUGAGGGUAUUCUGAGUGUCAUCAAGAGCAAGGACUUUGAGUCGACAACUUUUACAACUCUGCAGAUUGGAGUAAAAAAUGAGGAACCCUUAUUUGUUUGUAAAGAUUAUAUACCUGCAAGCACACAUCCACUUCCAAACACAAUCAACGUCACGAUGAAAGUGAUUGACGUCAAUGACCCACCUGUCUAUGAGAAAAAUAAAUUUGACGUGCACCGGAAAGAAGAGGAGGAGCCAGGAAUUAAGCUGUUCACUCCAAAGAUUACCGACGUCGACUCUGACGUAUCCAAAAUCAGGCAUGUACUGGUACACGAUCCAGCUAGCUGGGUGAAAAUUGAUGAGAAAACAGGAACUAUCACAACAACUAAGAAGAUGGACAGAGAAUCCUCCUAUGUUGAUGACGCUAACAUUUACAAAAUCAUCGUCAAUUCUAUAGAUGAUGGUGAGCCUCCAGCCACAGGUACAUGUACUGUCCUGGUCCACCUCGGGGAUAUCAAUGACAACACACCUGAGCUGGUCAACAAAGGCCUCAUUAUGUGUGGAAACAAGGCUAACAAGGUCAUAGUGAAUGUCACAGACAGAGACAUCCCUCCUUUCAGUGGCCCAUUUACUUUCUCUCUCGGGGAUGAUGACAAAACUCUGGCGCAGCAAUGGAAAUUAGACCCUGACUAUGGUGAGCAAAGUGGGCUUAUUUGCCUGAAAACACUCCCUUAUGGUAACUACUCAGUGCCACUGGUGAUUCAGGACCAACAGGGCUCGAUUACUCGUGAUACCGUGGAAGUGAUGGUGUGUGACUGUGAAAAGGGAGAUGUUUGCCGAACCACAAAGGCGUCCUCACUCAGCUUCGGGGCACCGGGCAUUGGACUGCUCUUUUUAGGACUCCUCUUAUUUUUGUUGUUGCUCCUCCUCUUCAUGUGCCAGUGUGGAGAGAAGAAGAUACAAAUGGUGCAGGAUGAGGGUAACCAGACCCUUAUCAAGUACAACCAAGAAGGAGGGGGAUCCACAAGCAUGGCUGAGCCCACUCUGCUCCUGACACCUACAGACAGUUUGGCUGUGACAGAUGGCAUAAAAAAGGUUUCCAAGCAGAUGUUUCAGAUGGCUCCAGUAAUGUCCCAGGAAACGGAUACGUACAACUUCUCAGCGCCCGGCAUGAUGAACCAAAACAUGACCUCACUAGGCAGCAAGCGUACAAGGGACACUUUUAGAAGCCAAGGAGGACAGACCAUGUCCUCUUCAUGGAAUGCAAACAGGGCGAACACCUACCAGUCCUCUUCAUGGAAUGCAAACAGGGCGAACACCUACCAGGGCGGCUCAUCAACUUUCAACCGCUCUCUCAGCCUGCAGUCAAAUCAAAACAUGGCAAAUCACAUCGACAGGAGACUGUACACGAUUGAUGCGCACCAUGUGGACCACCCAGUGUACCAACCCUACGAGUAUGCCUACGAGGGACAGGGCAGUAAAGGCCAGUCACUGGAUCAGCUGUCGCUGCACAACACGGGAGAUGAUUUGAUUUUCCUGAAUGAUUUGGGGCCAAAGUUCAAGACCUUGGCCGGCAUCUGUCGCCAGACAAAUCUAGAGAAAAACAUACAGCUUUAAAAAAGGCACCGCUGGACUAGAAUUUGUAUAUCAAGCAAAUUGCUCUUCGCUCUAAGUUUGACAUUGUGGCUAUGGACUGAUCUGAAUUGGAUCUUUGGAGAAAAGAUGUACAACAACGGUUGGAUUUUUUACUUAUGCACUUAUGGACCUAAACAUCACAAAUAUUUAGAGCCAGAUAUUGUGUAUUGGCAUCUAUCCACAAAACAGGGAUUAUGUAAUACAUGCUGUAGUAUUUUUGUUUGCAUGAAGAUGGCAUGAAUGCACUGCAGCAGCUGUCAUGCUCUGGUGAUCUUCGAAUGCUUCACAGCGACUGGGUGUGUUUGCUUGGUGUUUUUUUUGUACUUUGUUACUUUAGGAGGGAGUUCUGCCACUUCUCAGUGCUUUCAGCAGCACUUCAUUUCUUGCUCUGGAAGGUAUCUCAGGAUAGUAUUAUGUUAGUGUUUUGAACUGAAAGUGGAAUACUUUCUCGUGUAUACGAUGUUUAAUUUCUUGCCAUUUCACACUUAUCCUGUUCAUACUUGAUAGGGGCCAGUA